AUGUCUAAGUCGCCGCAGGUUCAACCAAAGCGCUUUCUGCGAAUUCAUGAGCACUCUGCGAUGACACUUUUGGAGCAGGCCAAUAUUCCCGUCCCUGCCUUCCGAAUGGCUACAAAUAUGGAAGAGGUUUCCAAAGCGUGUGACGAAAUAGGUUUGCAUUUCCUAUCCAGUCUUAUGAGUGUGUACAUCCAGACAAUGCUUUUGCUCUUUUUUCACUUUGAGCCUCCUUUUCUUUGGAACGUUUUCACACCGGCCUCUGACAAAAUCACCCUCGACCAGGACUAGAUCCCUCGUUAAUCUGCGGCAAAUUCUGUAACUGACUGACUUGUCAGUAGUCCCUGCGGGUACAAGCUGCCUAGCGGUUACUCAUGCAGGUAGUGUCCGCUCAGCCAGUAGCAUCACUAGUCGCACACAAACCCACAAAUGUGGGCUGCCAGUACAGGGCUAAACUUAGGCUAGUACACUGUUAUCAGGAGCCCACCGUUACAUUGACAUCUUGCAUCCUCUCGUCGGGCGUUCGCAAGAUCCCUGUAAUCUAGGCUGACCCUUAUUGGGAAGCCGUAAUUGUGACUAUUCCCACGUCUAGGCAUUGCGCACAUUCCACCUGUAACCCGUAUUUACAGAGACGUGAAAGUGCUGGCUUGUUCCCGGUGCAUCUGAGCGACAGAGUUCUCCAUUUCUUUCCACUGUCGCCAGUUUCCCGAGGCUGCUUCUACGAAAUAUUGGGGGCCAAACAUGACCAAACGAGUGAUUUAUUCGUUACCGAUCUCUUAUAAUUUCGUUCAACAGCAUUUGCAUCAGAAAGUCGUUUCAAUUUUCAUUCAGAGCUGGGGGGGCGGACAUAAGUAUGCGCUGAUUGUGUCCACUAUGACUCUUCGUUUCCUGUUUUCUGUGAACGCCUGACAAGAAGUCUCGCACCAUUCAUUCUUGCUCACUGGUGUCUGUGUGCCAAAAAUCUCAUUCUGUCGUCAGUAGAUCUGGAUCCUGUUGUGUAAUUCUGGUCUUUCCAUGCAUCACAAGAUCGUACGUGAUAUGUUGACGCAUGUACUGCCUAACGCUAACUGGCCUUCCAUUUCAGCCCGCUUAUCGAAUACCAGUGACCUUGUCGUCAAGGCGCAGGUACUUGCCGGCGGUCGUGGAAAGGGCAUAUGGGACAGCGGUCUUAAGGGCGGCGUCAAGAUAACUUUCAAGUAUGUUUUUCGAACUGGAUCUGUUUACUGUUUUACGGUAUGCAAUAGUAGUGUUCUUUUGGACUGACUGUAGGCCUUUUCGAGUUAAUUUUUUGCCUUUUAGCUCCAACAUUAGCCACGAGUUCUGUGUUAUUCUGCGUCACCUUUUAUCGCAUCAGUUUUCUGCAUCAGCGCACCUCUUAUUAUUUUAUUCUAUUAAGACUGGCGUAUCUUCCUCUACUUUCUUCGUAUACUUCUUGGUCAACGGUUGUUAACGUAAACCGUACGAAACCAUUAUUUGGCAUGGUUGUACUACUCACAUUGGCUGCGACAUCGUAACUCACGACCUUACAUGUGACCAUUUUUACAUGACCACCCCGCCAAGCCACUUGUUUUAGGUUGAUAAACCUCAUGAAUCGUGCGAAUUUUACUCAGACACGGUUCCGCAGGCCCUUGUGCGUAGUAGAGGAUGAUAAGAUACGUGGCUUAAGGGUUUUUUGUUAGAAGUUCGCCGCUCCCCCUGCCGGCUAACAGACCACGCGCGCGUGCGGGUUAAGACGGAAAAUUGCCGCGCCUGCUUGUCGCUAUGUAGGGCCAGUCCACAAGUUUUCAUAAUUGUUUGGUCUUCGAUGCGUAACCUGCGCGUCCUAUCUCAAUAGUCUCUUAACGGCGCCAUGGCCGUGCUAAAACAAUAAGCUACAUAUCCCUCCUAUUUUUCAUUGGUGGCGCUGCUUGCCUCUCUGUGAGGGAAAUAAGAAGCAAGAAACUCGGUUUCUCAUAACGCUUCGUAAUUUGUCUGCUAUGAAACGCCCCUAGAGACUAAAUCAACUGAUACGAUAGUAGAGGCGUCUCUGUGUCCAUUGUCAGAAAAAGAUAGUGGACUUUUGCAUGACAGACGCUGAAACAGCCAUAUCCCCUAAGCUCCAGGGACACUCGUAUACAGAAUACAAGAGUGCAGGGCACAUGGGUGGUUAUUUGGCCUGAUUUAGUCAGUAGGUUACUAACCUUUAUACUCAGCUCCCCCAGCGUAAUCAUUGCCCUCAUCAUACGCAUUCUGUGGGGGAAGUUAAGAUAACAAUUACGGCCAAUUCUUCGUGCUAUGUAGCUGUACAUUGAUCCUCAUUCGUUGUCAAUAUUCCCUGCACGUUCUGUUGAUUACGUCGUUGACAACAGCUUCAUGGCUUUAGGCCUAUUGUUUUACUGAGAAACCCACGAGGUAGCUCUCUAUUCCUACCAUUGCAGCAAGGAUGAAGCCACUAACGUCGCCCAGAGAAUGCUUGGUCACCACAUCUACACCAAACAAACCGGUGAGGCUGGCCAGAUGUGUAGUGCUGUUAGCAUUGUUGAGCGGAAGUACCUCCGGCGUGAGUUCUACUUCGCCAUUGCCCUCGACCGGACGUCCGCCGGCCCCAUGAUCAUCGCUAGCUCCCAGGGUGGUGUUGACAUCGAACAGGUGGCUGCCGAAUGUCCGGAGGCCAUUGUUCGGGUAAGUUGUGUAGAGUCAUUUUCUCAGCAAGCAAACAAACUGAGUGAGGUUGAGCAACAGACUGCUUCCAGUGGCACGGACUGCAUUUAACCUAUUUUUACCCUGAAGGGAUCGGAUAUUGUAGUAUUGCUAUGCUUAUCUUUUGAUGUUUUCUUCCUCCUUUUCCCACCUAGUACCCAGUAGACAUUAUGGAGGGUCUCACUGAGGAGAAAGCAUUGGAGUUGGCCGAGCGUUUGGGCUUCUCCAGUGAUCAGAAUAAGCGCGAUGCUGCCGAAUACUUCCGGAAGCUUUACGAGCUCUUUGUCACUAAAGAUGCCACUCUGAUUGAGAUAAAUCCCAUGGCCGAAGACAACAAUGGCAAGGGUAAUUCCAUUAGUGCUUUCUUAAUCUGUACACUUGCUACCUGGGCCCUCCCUUUAUUCUACCUUAUUUCCUUGUAUCACGUUCAGAAAGCGGGGUCGGCUCGUGGGACUUACAAGGCAAUAGCCCGGACCCCGUCGCUAUUUUACGACAUUGUGUCCCAAGGCAAUGCAUGAUAUGUAUUCUAUUACAUGGCUGUGAACCUAAUCGCAUUAAUAGAGGCGAAUUUAAUUGUCUGAGCCUAGUAUUUACCGUGAGAUGGUGCAAGUGAACAAUUAAUAUAACCUUCAAAGCCUGGAGGAUGCGUCGAUAAGGACUUGUAAUAUCGCCCCAUAUGGAUUAUAUCAGCAAUGUGAGUGUAAGCAUGACAUGUCGAUUUAGAGGUGUUGAAGGCGAGAGAUAGUAUUAUGCGUUGUCAAAACAGUCCUACAUAUAGUGAGUGUCAAAUUGUUUUCAUAUUUACCCCGUCUUCCGCGGGGGUUAGAUUCUCCAGCCCUCUGUAAUCUAGCUUGAAUUAGUCCACAGUGACGUACCUACUCUACAUCGGGUAUACUAUCAGUCCUCAUUUACUCCGCCCGACCCCACUUUAGCUUCGUCUCACUCAUGCUUGGUUCUAACGUCUCGCGAUUUCCCGAAACCCAAAAGCAGAAAUUCGAUUUUCUUUGGCACCAAUUCCUCCAUGCACCCCAUCCCUGUCCCAGGCAAAUCUCAUCCGUUUUUGAAUUUUCGGAAAAAAGACAGUUCAAAAAGCGCGGGCCUCGAGCCACCCCUUUCCAAAAACAGAUCGUUAUCAGUGAUCAGUCUCACUAGGUCCGUCGCUUCACACUGGCCGCUUGUUGUCCCACGAUGCCAUGGGUAACUGCAUGAGUGGUAAUCGGAGGUGGUGACAUCAAGCUACAACAGCGAAGCGGAGCAGAACGACAUACUCUUCCGCCAAGGUGAAAAACUCGUGGAAGUAUUACAGCGUGGGUUGUGGGGAAGAAGUCACAUGUUGCUAGCUUCGCCAGCAAAACACCGUAUUGUUGAGACUAGGUGGGCUUAAUUUAACCAACAGUCACGUAGAAAUAAACAAAUACGUGGCCUUUCAUUACUUUAACUGGGAGACGGAAGAGCUCUGGGCUCAUGGUAUUUCGGAAGCGAGUCGGCAAGUACAGCCCCUCUAGUAUUGGCUACCCAUGUUUAUGUGACUCCUUGCCAGAACUGUCAAUCAGAGCCCACAGACAAAACAAAACACCCGUCCUUCAUCCUGCUGUCGAAUUAUCUCGGUAGAUAUCACUCCCGCUGAGUUUUAUAUCCCUAGGUUAGACGGUUUCAACCGCGUGUCUUCCCAGUCUGGUGCUGGGGCACACGACUGACUGACAUCCGGCAAACAAGUCGGGAGUAGCUAUCCUAGUUCCCCUCUUGUCGAUCUUACUUCUAGGGCAAGUUCGCCUCUACGCGACUGCGGGCCAUGCCGUCCGAAAAUUAGGUGAGAUGGGUGAACGCUGCUCUCACACGACCGUGUCAUUGACAACGAGCAGUUGUGCUGCCAAAUGAGGACGUAGCCUAGUAUGUUCGCACUUGUGGUAGGUAUCGAAACUUGCGGGACACUGGCCAACAUUUUUCAAUUAGCCUUCGAUUAAAGAAAGGUUGCUAAGGUUCUGCCGUCGUUUCCGACGAUGUCUACUGUGUGCCCCAAAGCAGGGCGGCCGCAGGGACGGUGAAUUACGCGCAAAUUAGUUUAGGGCGAUAGAGUAGACUUUCGCAGCAUCUACCGCACACUUUCAGCCCUCACCCACCUAUGAUGCACUACCAUAUUCUCCCCCCCCCUCAGCCUCCUAGGUCCGGUGUCAAGACAGAGUCAAUAAAACUGGAGGCGGGAUCGGGCGUAGGUGGCUGGCACGGCCUAUACCCGAGCCUGGCGUGCCACCACACCCUGGACCGCGCUCAGUGGACCACAAUUUCACAUCACAAGGGGGCGACUCGGAUCCCGCUGGGUCGCAGUGCCAUAGAGAAGCCAUUGCAGCCUGACUCCCUCCGCCAGUCGGCCACUUUACGCAAACACAUACUGGGCUGACUGCAAGAUCCGAGUUAUCUUGUCAGUUGAUAACCUUUCAAGCCACGAUUUUUAAUGUGCUGCGAUAAAUUUAAACGCGUCAGAUUGUUUAUAGUGCGGAGUGUGCGCCGAGGCCGUCGACCUCACUCCCUCGUCCCUCACCUGCACACCACUCGACAGUCCGAGCGGGCGGUGUGGCUGACAGAGUUUAACAGUCCUGCGCACGCCACACACCCGACCUGACCCCCAGCCAAUCAUAAUUGUUGUACACAGUGACCGAAGGCAACUAUCAGGCGCCAUGCGAUGAGGUAGAAAGACUCCCUGCCACAGUGUAGUUGCGGACAAACCAACUACGUUGGAAGACGCUGAUGGCUGAACACGCACCAACAGCAAGGAGGGCUGACAACAACUUUCAAGCCCCAUCUCAAUCCCCCAAGCUAAGUCAUACCUGCAACUUUUUAUGAGGCGGACAUCCGAGAGGAACCACCCAUGUGAGUCACGAACUGUUUACGUCAUGGUCCUCCGACACGCAGUCUCAACAAAUACGUCAAAGCUGCCGGUGCCGGGUACCCAUCACACACGCAGCGCGCCCAAGUGAGCAUUGCUUCCAAUGGCCGCACCGGGGAGCCAAACUGCCGGGUGAUUAUCAAGAAGGUCAUCAACAUCGGUGAUGAAACCGCGGAUGCGGAAGACCAAUCAAUUGCCACCACGAGUACGAACAUAGAUGAUGUGGGCAAAAGGUGUUAGUUGAUGUCUGACAACUGCGCCCUCUGUGCAUGCGCCACCUCUGCCAGUUGUUGUCUCUGAUGAGGGGUUCAGAAGUAAAUCCGGAGCGUUGAACGAAUGAUUUUUUUGUUCUAACAGUUGACUUUCCUCUGAAUCAGUUCCUUAUUAAAGGACUGCCAAGGCGUAACUAGCGAUAUCACGAUGUGACAACCGUUGCCCGCGAUCCAUUAAGGUUUCGCCUCCCACCGCCCAAGACAAUCAUGCAGUCUUACACCGGUGUGCGGGGGAAAAGGGGGGUGGUUGUGUUUACCUUCGAAUUUUGGGGAUACAGGAAGUCGUCCCUCCACUAAGCCACACCACGCAACCGCUGCCCGGCGGGUCACGGCUCAAUCGAUUUUUUGAGCGACUAGGGAGUUUCGGCCUACUCUCACUCAAAAUGGGCUUGUGGUGAGCCAAUUGCGUAGAGCAGAACAGUCCCAUGUCCAACAAACAGAAUCGAUCUAAACCCACGUUUAGACACGCGCUUGUGGAAAGUGUUUUCAACCCCUCCUAAUGUCCUACUGACAGUCCUGCUGUGAACCUGCGCGUUCUAGCAUCGUCUUUGCCCUAGUUCGAGUAUUCAAGGCGUGCAUAUUCAGGAGACCCGCGUUUCUUUUAUUACCAGCCCGAUAGUGCAUGCUUGCCGUUGGGCUUCUUGGGACUAAAGCCCCACAGCGAUGGCCCCUCACCUUCAGUCCAUUACGCCAUCUGUCUCCAACUGUAGGUUAAGUUUUUGGCCCUCUGAUCGAAAUAAUCUUUAUUGUUGCUGGCCUCUUUUAGUCCUUUGCAUGGACUGCAAGAUGACCUUUGAUGACAAUGCCGAAUCCAGGCAACCGGACAUCUUCAAGCUCCGCGACUGGUCUCAGAUGGAUGAGCGUGAUGUACAGGCGGCCGGUGCUCAACUCAACUACAUCGGCCUUGACGGCAGCAUUGGCUGCCUGGGUAAGUACCGACCUACGCCACAUCUGUCUUCAUUUGUGUUCUUAUGGCUUCACAUUCACCACCAUGUGACGCUUGGUUCACAGGUGAUCGGAUAUUACAUGCAUUCUUUUCGUGGUGCCUUAAUGUUCAGCGGCCGUUGUUGGACCGGAAACUACCACUGUAGGCUGCUGAAGUCAUGACAAGCAACGACCCGUCGGUGAGCGGUGGUUGGGAGUAGUUUCCGUGGGCCCCCGCAUAGCAGUCACAAUGUACGAUGCCUCAUCUGUUGUACGCAGUAUUAAGGCUAUGAACACCCAGGAGUAGUCAAACUGGUAGUUGAAAUCUUUGUGGACUGAGCGGUCUUUGAGAAGCUCCUCCUGACCUUCGACGGCUAUUGCGCGUUGCUAUGCGUCUGCGCGGAUGCUUAUAGGGAAGUAGCUACUCUCACUUUUUCACCAAAGGGACUCACCUUCUUUGAUCCCCAUAGCACCGCCAUCACCACCGUCGGGAUUUGCUUUAUUCCCGCUUUGUUUGGCUGUUCACGGGAUGUUUUGUCAACGUAGCAGGGACUUUUCACUCCUUAGAAAAUGACUUUCAGGCUCCCUCCUGGCCAGACGGGCCGCUUUCUCUGGGCGUCCAGGGGCCGUCUGCUUCCACUGGUGUACAAUGCAAGACCUCUUGAAGUGAUUAUAUUUAUUCGCCGGCCUGUCAGUCGAUCGUAAGAUCUGUCGGACCUAACUGCGACUUGUGUUCUGUCUUGCUGUGUAUCUGCUGUGUGCUAGAAGCGACUUUGAAUCAUCUGCCAGUAAGAGUGCAACGCAUGUCAGGCGUUCUAUGUGGUUGCCGUCACGUGUCUAGGCGUUAAGCAGCUCGCUACUCACUUUAUGGAUUGCCUUUGUGGUCCAGGCAACAAUUUCAAACACCGGUUGGCCUCUCCAUACCACCAGCUUAUGCUUGUGAGAUCAGCCUUGUUGCGCUCAAACCUUUAUCACGGUAUGAGAUUUCUCAAACGUCACCAGCUUGCUCACUUGCAGUCAUCAGGGUUUUGGGGCGCGUUGCAGUUUCUGAUGUGAAACCCUACCUAAUACGCUGGUGGUGGUCUUCUGCACUGGUCUGUCGAUCGAUCCCCUUAGGCAGACAGCCAGACGUUGAGUCUGCAUUUCCUGUCCUCCCUUUCACCAGUCCUAACGAUCCGGCUCAGCUUCAGUUUUUGGAAGUUAUCCGUAGGAUAUAGCGUCACUCGGUCCAGUCUUCCGAUGAACAUAUCAUGUGGCCGUCAUGACAGCGUCUGGAGAAGUAAAUGGUUUUAUUGACAUUUCAGGGCACGGAUUGUAAUACUGCUAUAGCUUGUAACCUUCGGCCUUUACCAACUUGCCGUGGCGGCAGCGCUUCCAUCAUUUUUAACACUGCAUAUAUUGGAACAGAUCACCUUUUUGGAGUCCACUUGGACCUUAUUUUUGUUUUCCGUUGGUCCCUUCGAUUUCGCCUCCACCGGUCCGGUAAUUGAGAGUCCAGGUCGCGAUUGCAGUGAUUUCACGCAGUUUUCGUUGUGAGAUGCGCACCCGAAUCGCCUAAAUCACCCAUCUCGAUUGACUUGAAAAACUUCCUACAGAUCAUCCCAUUCAUCCAUGUAAAACGAUGCUGUUCAAGCGCAUCCGUCUUCCCCUUAUUUUGAACCCUCAUUACCCAUGGUUGGCAGCCGUGUAGAAUGAUACUAGAUAUCUAGUCAUUGAAUGGGCCAGUGACUGCGUGAACACCGUCGUGUGUGCCGGUAUUUGCUCGUGGCACUUGUUAGACCGGGACUUCGCGCCACUUUAGCGACUACGCAAAAGAGAGAGGGCGAGAUAGAGACAAAUCCAGACCAUAUUUUCCCCGCAACAAGCAACUUAUGCACUUUUAGGUUACCACGACACGUAGAGGGUUGCCAACCAGCGAACUAACGCGGUCUUGCCCAGAGUUAGAUUUCAAUGGCGUCCCUACGUAUGAUUCUAAACCCCUCUUCGUUUUAGGCGUAAUCCGUGUAGAGUUUCUGACCAGCGCGCAUAUGUGGUACAUGUUGCGUGGCUUCAACCACGGCGCCCGCAUCCAUCCCAAAUAUCCUUUACUCCGUCUUCCUAUCCGAACAUCGCUGAUGUGUGUCAAGAUAUCUAGGUGGAUGCUUCGUAAGUCCGUCUCACGCACAGGUCUCUGCUGUGAACCUCCUUCGGAAAAGUGGUUGCCCUCGUUUACGACGUAGAGGCUUAUGCGAAUUCCAAGGCGCUUUCUGAUCGAUCUGAGAUCGAGUCUCUUGGUAACGACCGUUUCCGCGAAGGCAGUAAUCAACUGCGGAAGUGCUGAAAUAUAAUGUCCAUGUGGUUCACUAGGAACUCGGCAUUGACGGAUAAGCUACCAACGCUGAGGUGUUCAAUAAGCGAUGCCGCGGAGGUACAGGGAGCUUUGGUUCGACCUUUCCUCCAAUCUGGCCACGUUCUGCAUGUCACAACAGGAUGAUCUACUGACGAUUUUGCUUGCUUGGUGGCCAAAGGAGUAGUAGGCUCGAAAUCCGCGAACCACGGACAGGUAGGCGGAAGGGAUUACCCACGCGAGGUUAUAGUACUAGAGGAGAGCGCGAAACUCAGUACAAAGUUAACUCAUGCGCUUCUCCGGGGAUGUAGGAACACUGCUUACAACAUCUGUACUGUGGAUCCAGAUCGCCAACACUGAGAGCCUUAUUCAUGUGUGGCGUGUAGUUUGGAGACCUUUAGAACAGGUAGGAGUGCGGACUGCGCUCUAAAGUAUGCAGCAAUUGGUGAAGUUGUUUCGGAUCGAAACAUUCCCCCCCCCCUUCACGGGCAAAGUAUCUGAGUGAGGAGAUUGUGCGGCAGAUGCUGCACAAGUCUGCCCCAGUAUAAACCAAUUUACACGCUAGUUACAGCUGUUGCCACCACUCUGUGGGACAUCCUGUGGACGUUGUCGCAUGAGACUGUCGAACUAUUAUGUCAAAUCGCAACCCUCUGCACCCCGGUAACUGUGGCGUACAUAUGGGGCCUUCGGGAAGACUGAUGUUUUUGUCGAUGGUGUCUCCAAAGGGGACAUCGUUUUGUGUGCCUGAGAGACCAAUAAGUCAUUGACGUACCGCGCGAAACCAUCGGAAGUUCGCGUCAUGCACUAGAUUUUUCAUGAGUGGUGGACAUAGGCAAUUCUAACACCUGACCAUCUUGCUCGUGUUCUUCCGUAGCGGCUGUAUUUUCAACCUAGCUACAGGACAUCCCCCAUAUGUAUCUCUCAGCAACAGGGCCUUACUUAUGUGUGGUUUGUUUUUCGCUCCAACAUGCGAACAUAUCAUCCUUCGGUCCUCGACAUUACGUAAAAGGGUGUCCCCCGUUUGCACCCAUCUGCCCGUGCCCGUGGCUCCGUGUUUGAUGGACACUCCAUGUAAUUGGCGUUUAUACUUGCCAGCGUUCGGACACUGUAGCACCCGCGGGUUCGCGUUCUCCUUCCUUCUCAGCAUUCAUGCCCGAUGUGUUCACUCGCGCCUACCCUUAUGUUCGGUCCGGGUAUAUUUCGUACAGCGUCCAGUUUAACACCCCGCCUGUUGUUUUGAAGUCGUCUACUGGUUUCUCCAAUGUAGUUCGUUCCACAGGAACUGCACCGGACACGAUAGGCGACGUGCACCGCUUCAACACGUGGCUGAAGAACCUCAGAUCUCAUCGACAGACGUCGCUUUAUUGCCUCGGGUCUGUGGACGAUGCCUAUUCUCAGUGGUUGUAAGUGACAGGUGAUUGUGUCGUUUGCGUUCUCAAUGUGUGCCAGUGCCUUCCAGGCCUUCAACUUUUCCACUGUUAACCUUAUGUUUAACAUUGGCUGUCUGCCUCAGUCUAUAAAACUGCGGAGGUAAUGGAGUUCGACUGCCUUCUCAUCUGCCUCACUGCAAUGCGUGUCCACCUUUUUGUUGGGGGUUUGUGCAGAAUUGCGCCUGUAGAAUGGCGGGUUGUUGUUGUGGCAACUUCGUACCUGCCGCGUGUUGGUGGUCUUCCUGUACACCAUCGUCUCCAGGUCUCCGCCGAUCUUUCUGUGACCCGGGAUGUCCUGGAAUAAUUGCUUUAUGUUGCCAUCCAUCUCAGUUUCGAACUAGGUACCAGGGAGCAUGAGAUUAAAGAACACACGGAAUUCCGAGACCAUUACGCACUCGAGGAUGACGAAGGUAUCGUCCACAUACUUUUCUGGAGUAUUGGUUUAGGAGUUGCAAACACCAGUGCCACUGGGUUUCAGAGGACGACUCGAAUGAUGAAACCAUGACGGUGGCGCUCCCACUGGAGCGCAUUUUACUUGAUCAUAUGGUCCAAAGGUGAAGUACGUCUUGUGGCAGAGCUGGAAUAUCUGGCUGAAGUGUCCCCACUUUAUCAUCCAACACUGGCUCCUGAGUAGAUCACAGACAAUUUCAAUCACCAUCCUUGGGGAUCCAGGCGAGGAUCGAGGUCACAUCAAAUGGCACCAUAACCCUUCCCUGCGUUGAGGUGUAGUCUACCGUACAAGAGGUCUGAGGCUGCCUGCUGUCCUGUGCUGUAUCUGUCCAGCCUAGCUUAAUAUACCCACAUGAAGUUACGAUCAAACAUCUUGCCAUUCUAACUGUCUUUCGCUGCUACGGAGCUGACAGCGUUUUUCCCGCCAACCUCAUGACCUGGAGUUUCUCCUUGCAGUGAACGGUGCCGGUUUGGCGAUGGCCACGAUGGACAUUAUCAAACUGCACGGCGGCAGUCCGGCAAACUUCCUGGAUGUCGGUGGAGGUGCCACCGCGAACCAGGUCACAGAGGCCUUCCGUCUUAUCACCUCCGACCCGAAGGUCCACGCCAUCCUUGUUAACAUCUUUGGUGGCAUCAUGCGUUGCGACGUCAUUGCCCAGGGCAUCGUCGCGGCCGCCUCCGAGCUUAACAUCAAGGUUCCCAUUGUCGUCCGCCUGCAAGGUGAGUUUCUGCAGUUCUUUGUCAGACCUCACCUGCCAUUUUUUCCCUUACGCUUUUUGCGGCCGUUACCGUCGCUGAUUUCGCAAAUGCUAGGCACCGCUGAAAUACACACGAAUCCGCCUACUACUGCUAUAAUUGGUGUUUGGGCUUUGUGCUCGGGCGACCACCUACGGAUACCUAUUUCUGUAAGGAAAAGUGGUCGAUCCACACUCCGAUAAAGACUGUGGAGGGGAGGCGCUGGCGAACUUGGGUUCUAUGGUGGUGCUUACCCAUUAGCUAGAUCUCAUCGACCCUGUUUGCUUCCUCGCCUUGUGAUUUAGUAGGUGGCCGCUUGUUCGUGCUACCUGUCACUGCAUUUGGAUCUGUGUCGUAAUGUGUCAUUAGCAGACGCUCGUGCCCACAUCCGCGUCUAUUUAAGCAGUGUUCAACAAUCACGAUUCUCGUCGCAAGGCCCUUCCCAUGAGCACUCAGCGAAUCCCCGGGGCUGUUUAAUGGGCAGGGAAAGUGCGAAAUUUCUUUAGAAUGACAUUCGACGACCUGGUCUGGUUGUAGAACAAAAUACAAACACAAUACUGUGCAGAAGACGAAGAUGCGAUCACUGGAACAAGAAAUUUAUUGCCCUGACGUUUCGGAUUCUCACUCGAAUCCAUCAUCAGAGACAUUCAGGGACCCUUAUCUGCGAAUUGUACUUACUUACUACUCAAGCACAAUUCUGCGAAUGUCUCUGAUGAUGGAUUCGAGUGAGAAUCCGAAACGUCAGCCCAAUAAAAUUUCUUGUUCCAGUGAUUGCAUCUUCGUCUUCUGACAAUAGGCAAAGUGCUGUCCCAGGGAAAAUAACUUGAGCCGGAUUAAAUCUCAGUACCCUCGCCGAAAUAUCAAUAUUGGAAAAGCGUCCCCGGUGGACCAGUUCUGUUUGCAAAUUACAAAUACUGUGUGAUACAGAUUGAAAAUCCAUGAUCUAAGACGGGUUUGUGGGGGGGGGUUGUUCAAAUUUCUGUGGGCAAGCGGAAGAAAGGCACAUUUUCCAGGGGUGCUGUGUGAAAUAUUAUCGAUGAGGCGGGAGGCAGGUAAGUUGAGCAUUCGCACACGUGUAAAGGCCUCUCAGUACAAGAAGAGCAAGUGCGGUUGCACUUAUCAUACCUUUCUAGUUAAUGACUGACUGCAACCAUAGUGCAGCAGUUUUUUAAGUGUAAAUUGGUCUGCAAGUUGUAUUCCAGUUACCUGGUACUUUGGCUGCCUUACCUAACUUUAGUUUAACCGUAAUCCAAUGCAACACUAACUACAGAUGAUUAUAUGCCAUCAGGAGUACGUCUUAACCGAAAACUGAAUCAGACUACUCGGGUCUCGGCUCCAAUGAGAAGAACCUCAAGCUAACACUUGACUCUGUGCAUCUGGUUAUUCUUGAUGCAGGAGGAGGCGGACUCAGUAAUCAUCUGAUCUCAAGCGCCAGUCUGUGCUUGUAACUUCAAAGAAUUGCUCCUCUGUUCGUGUGAAAUCCGAGUUUGUAAGGGUCAAAACCACUGAGCCCGAGGCGAUUAUCUGCAGUAAAAAGACCUAGCUGCCAGCAUUCUGGUCAGUAGGUAGGCAACAGCCACCUGGAGUGGAUUCAUUUUUAAAGGUUUCCUCGUGGCGAUCGACUGCAGACAUGGUCCAGAACAGAACGGAACCCCGAGGCAAGCAGACACGCCCAUGCUAGAAUGAACCGGUAAAGGCCACACCCAUGUGUUAGGCGAACUGUAUCCGCUAUGCGGGCUGACAAAUGCCAACACCCUACGGCACGCGCGGUGGCCCACCGCCACGUAGUCAGUGUCCAAACUCGAGGCUAAACUAAUCUCUUCUCCAAGAAAAACAUGCUCGGAUGCGCAAACUAGGUCUAGGACAGCCAUUAACGUAGGGUAAUGUAGGUUUCCGCCCAAGUUUACACUUAUUAUGUCUGACAACAUUCCCUAAGCACACAUUAUACACGCAAAAAUGACAUUUUCCGGAAGAGGCUGGGCAAAUGAGCAAAAUGUGUAACUUUUUAGGCGCGUAAAACCGUCAUAUCAAUUCCCACCAUCAUGUUUCAUGACUUAGGUCACGUACUCUAUCUUUUCUUUGUCCCCUACAACGGGCCACACAGGAGUCAGGUCAGGGUGCGAUACGCGUUAUCUGGGCUGUGCACCUAUAACAAAUGCCACACAUGGGGUGUGUCGGCACGCCUAGGCGCCGGCUUGUGCCCCACCAGCCACCUGCGCCCAAUCACAGCACCAGAGGUCUGUCCGGCUCGAACAGUGGAUUGCUGCCUGAGACCGCCUCUGGGGAUUCCGUCCUCACGACACUUCAGCGCAUAUUCCUCACUGCAAAUAAUCUGACGCGCUUUUAAGCCAUCACGGUGCGCUAAAAGCAGUGGCUGGGAAGGCUACCAACUGACGGGAUGACUCGGUCCUCCUCAGGACGGGGCUCCUUUUUAAUGUGGCCUCUAAGGCAUUGCUACUACUCAGUUGGGAUACGAGCCACCCCUCCCCCCGCCUCUUCUUUCUGCUAAAGCCUGCCCCAUCGCGCACGUGGCACGCGUAGAUGGGUUGUUUGGUUCUUUCAGUCACUGCACCUAAUCCCGUCUCCAGUUCUCCUGACUGUCUUGACACCGGGCUAAAGUGAGUGGGACGGAUCCUGCUCAAGUCUGCUACCACUUCAGACUGAGUCACAUGCAAGUCAUCGUCCCUGCGCCCACCAUGCUGUGAGGCACACGAAAGAAAUUGUCGUCUGCAACGGUCAAACUGUCGCAUCUUCUCUUUGCCUACAUACUCAGUGAUUUUGACCAAUGCUUUAGUGCGUACUUCUCAAUGCGUAGCCGCUCUUGGUUUUCUCGACAUGGCAGACGAGUCUGUGUGCUGCAGCUACCAUCGUGUAAAAGAAGCCUCAAGGGGAAUCUAAAUUGUCUGUCAUGACUAUUUUUCCCUCCACUAAUUCACGCGUUGUUCCGCGAACUAUAACUACUGCUCUCUCUCUUCUCACCGCCCUGAGAAACGAGUUUUCGUCACACACACCUAAACCACAGUCCGCGUGGUUCGGUUCUGCUUUAAGGUGGGACCGAUGGGCGGCGAGGACUGACGUUCUACUUUGCUACCUAAAUUCAAACAGAGUCAACAGCCUUUACCGACACCUUUAAACAGUUUUCUCGUCCCCCGACAUAAAUCAUAUUUUCGUCUGUCUGCAGGGACCCGCGUUGACGAUGCCAAAGCCAUAAUUGGAAGCAGCGAGUUGAAGAUCCUAGCCUGUGAUAGCCUGGAUGAGGCCGCGCAAAUGGUAAGUCCCUCUUCCAUUCCCACUACCUCAUUUGUUUCUCCCGAUUUCCUGCAAAGUUAAAGUGGAGGUUUUGGGUUGUGCAGUCUCGCCGCCUCCCACCGUUAGCCCUGACGCCGACUGUCCGGCACGUAUUCGUGAUUAGCGGAACGAUGUUCACCAGAGGCCAGCGUCGAAGUAAGCAGACUCGGAUCUAACAAGCGAUCAGUCGUGGGUCAAUAGCGAUGACGUAACCAGGACGCGGAGGACUGAGGUCUGACACACUGACUGUCAUAUAACACGGCGCAAAGGCGCGCCUUGACCUGGCGACCGUGACUCACCAUCAAAUAAGUUUGCUUGCCUCUGCUGUCUUGCAGUCAGGUUCUUGAACCAACGCCCUGAAGCAGACAUCUUCGAACAGGCAAUUGGGGCUGCCGUUGGAGACCCACCAAUAUUCUCAAUUCACAAGAAACCUCCCGAAACAUGUCUGAUUUAGGUAUUGCAAUUCAUGCUACGAUGUUCGCGGGAACCGAAGUGUCUGGCGAUUCUUGUCCAGUGGUCAGAGGGCUUAGUAUACGAGAUAGGCUCCUUAAUCGGUAGCAGGUCCUCGAUACUGGAUGCUGGGCUGUGUGCAACCUUACUACUGAGUUUACGAUGGCAUGCAGUCAUUAUCAGUACAACAAGGAUGUCUUUCGUCUGUCCGAAACCUGAAUCCUCGACUACAGCGCUCGGAAAAAAAGAUCCCGGAGGCCAAAUCCCACUUUACCCCGUACGACUCUUCUAGUAGACACUUUGUGACGAUCACUUGGGAACUCGUAGAUGAUUGACUGGCUUACGUAAGACAGGAGGGUUUCUUUACGAACAUCUCUGUAGUUCCAGUGUACGCAUCAGCAUCGGCGGCCGACCAUCGCUGCAAAGAAACCUACUCACAGCUACCAGAAUUGGUUGGAAAACUUCCUGCCGGAGGGCUACAAUGAGCGGACUGGGCAAGGCAGACCUUCAAUCAGCUGCGUAUUGGCCGCUCUGAGCUUAGUUCUCAAUACGGCGGUGGGGAAUGAAUGCUAAGCUUUGCUGAUCAGAACCGGCCAGUCGUCACUAACGCGUAUUUCCAACUUAGCCGGCCAACACCUGUUGACCUGCUAUUCAAACAUGCAUUCGUACGACCGACCAACCGGACUGCACUCUGGUCAGUUUAGGGUUCUGAUGCGCCAGCGGCGCCAACAGACAACUCUAGCUAGGUCCCGCAACGAUUUUAGUGGCGGGUGAGGCCAUAUUCCGUGGUGGGCAAUAUUCUCCAUGCCGUAAUUUCAUUAUGGCUUGUCACCUUUUCACAGGUGACUGAUUUGUCCGAUUGGUGCCUAGCAACGCUGUGCAUUCACAGUGGUCAGAUCUGAUAGGUUGUUUAAUUCGCUACUAGCUCUCCUUAAAAAUCGUUUAGCUCCCCCCCCCUCCCCCAUCCGCGGAUACGCUGGGUAAUCAGUAGUCAGGACAAUGUCUUCCACUGGGUUCCUAUUGAUGCCGUUUCCAAGCUACGAUGCGGAAUGUCACCAUCUUCUCCAGCCAUUCUGUAUACUUCAAUAACCGCACAUGCUGCUGAAGCGGGAUUAUUGCCAACCGGUGAUAGUAUUUGUUCAGGUGCCCAUAGCCACAGGCGCCUAAAACGGGCCACUCGGUAGAUGCGCUGGUCCAAUACGGAGGCUAGAUUUGAAUUCGGCAGGGGUGUGAUGGCACGUCCGGUUGCAGGCACACGCCGUGUUAAUUUUGAGCAGGGUCGCUCCGCCCUUUUUCUUGGUGUAUAAAAUCCUGGUUGUUGUAUGUUGUGGAUCAGGAGGUGUGGUGGUACGCCUAGGUGCGGGCUUUCGCCGCGUCAGCCACCUGCGUCCUCUCUCGCCUCUGGUCUUCUUGACGCUGUCUUGACACCAGACCCACGCAGGAGAGGUGGAGAUAGUGUGGUUGAUGCUGCGCAAGUCCACUGUCGCUAUAACUCACGCGCAGGUCACCGUGCCUGCUCUCAACCUGCUAUAGAGCAUGCGACGGUCGAACUGUCGGCACCACACACACACACACACUCCUCGGGCGCUGGGAGACUAUCAUUUUAACCUAUACAGACCCAGCGGCUUGGGCAGGCGCGUCACAUUUUCUAAUUUUCCCCGGUCGCGACUCCUGCUCAAACUCCCUUCACCUCCCUUAAAAUAUCCUUUUUUCACGUUGUAGGUUGUUAAACUGGCCGACAUUGUAUCGUUGGCACGGCAGGCUGCCGUUGAUGUGAAGUUUGAGCUGCCUCUGUAG